CCAAAGCCCUUUCCUUUGCCUCCCUUCUUCCUCGUGUGAAGUCCGAAGCCAAUUUCCCGAGAAAAUGGAUUCGAACAUUUUCCCACCAUCCAAACGACAAAUACAACCGAACAAUUUCCAAGCCUUCUCAAGUAUCCAGUCUCACUGCUCUAACCUACUCCACAACGUCUCCAAAACCCUUAAUCCUCUCUUCAACCCCGAAAAAAACCUUUCUUCGGAGCCCAACAACAUCUUCUCUGCUCUCGAUUCACUGCGAAACCUCACUAAACAAGCAUUCGAUGCCGGGAUUUCCCGCCUCAACCCCGUCUCCGGCUCCCAUAACGCCGCCGUCUGGGCGAGAAUCACGGACGGCGGUGGGAAAUCUCUGGUGGCUCCGAUUCGGCGGAGCGGCGGCGGAGCUCCUGGACUGUCCGCCGAUGCGAUCGAGGAGAGAAUGGCCGGAGUUCCCGUGUACGCCCUGAGCAACUCAAACGAAGAAUUCGUGUUGGUGUCGGGAGCUUCCACUGGGAAAUCCAUGGGUUUUUUGUUCUGCAGAGAAGAAGAUGCAGAAGCGCUUCUUCGGGAGAUGAAGAGUAUGAAUCCUGGUAUGAGGAAAGAAGGGUCGAAGGUCGUUCCUCUUGCUCUGAGCAAAGUUUUUCAGUUAAAGGUCAAUGGAGUGGCCUUUAGAUUGAUCCCGGAAUCGACUCAAGUCACUCAUGCCGUGAAGGAGAGGAAAAAAGCCGGAUUCCCUGACGACGACUUUCCGGGUGUUCCAGUUUUCCAGUCAAGGAGCUUGAUACUACGAAGCGAGAACAAGAGUUAUCGUCCCGUUUUCUUCAGAAAGGAGGAUUUGGAGAAAUCGCUACAACGAGCAUCCCAACAGCAGAAUCGGCUAAACCCUGCUCUCAAACCGGGCGAUAUUCAGGUUGCAGUUUUCGAAGAGAUCCUCAAAGGGAUGAAGGAAAAAACAACGUCGAAGUGGGACGACAUUGUGUUCAUCCCUCCUGGUUUCGAGGUUUCUGCUGAUCCAACCCAGCAGUCUGCCUAAGAACACAUAUCCGUUUAAGACAUUUUUGUAUCUUUCACUUGACUAGUUAAAAGAGAUUUUGUUAAUAUUGUUUUUAAACCAUGUUCAAGGUUUAUUAAUAGGCUGUAAGAGAAUGUUAAAAGCUCCAAGAUUUUAUCAUAUAGACGAGGUUAAUAAA